AUGUCGAACGUCUUUUUCCCUUACUCCAAGGCGCCUUUGCGCACUAUCAAGGAGAUUCAGUUUGGCCUUUUCUCGCCCGAGGAAAUCAAGCGGAUGAGCGUGGUCCACGUGGAAUACCCCGAGACGAUGGUAAGUGAUGCUUACCUCCGGAAACUCAGCCCAAAGGCUCAAUCCCGGAUCGCGGCUUAUGGACCAAAACCACAGGAUGAACAAAGACAGCGGCCCAGGACCAAAGGUGUAAAUGAUCCACGCCUGGGAACCAUCGACCGCCAAUACAACUGCGAGACCUGUGAAGAAGGCCAAAAGGAAUGCCCUGGACACUUUGGCCACAUUGAACUGGCAUCGCCCGUCUUCCACAUUGGUUUCUUGACAAAAAUUAAGAAGCUGUUGGAGACCGUUUGCCACAACUGCGGAAAGAUCAAGGCAAACCAGAGCGAUCCCAAAUUCUUAGAGGCGACCCGUACGCGAGACCCGAAGAAGCGAUUUGACACCAUUUGGCGUCUUUCGAAAGACAUAUUGGUUUGCGAGGCCGACCCUUCACCUGAUGACGAUGAAUUGUCGAAGGAAGACCAAAAACGUCAUUUCCACGGUGGAUGUGGCAACGCCCAGCCUACUGUCCGCAAAGAGGGAAUCACCCUCGUAGGUACAUGGAAACCAAGCAAGAGCAUGAUGGAGGACGAGAUGGCACAGCCUGAAAAGAAGGUUAUCACACCGUUAGCGGCGUUGAAUAUCUUCAAGCAAAUUUCUCCGCAGGAUGUGCGCAUUAUGGGUCUCAGCAACGACUACGCUCGCCCAGACUGGAUGAUUCUUACUGUCCUUCCUGUUCCUCCUCCUACUGUUCGCCCUAGUGUCAUGAUGGGUGCUACUAGUGGUUCUCGUGGUGAGGACGAUUUGACCUACAAGCUUGCCGAAAUCGUUCGCGCCAAUCAGAAUGUCCAGCGUUGUGAGCAGGAGGGUGCACCCGAACAUGUCAUUCGUGAAUUCGAGUCACUCUUGCAAUACCACAUUGCGACCUACAUGGACAACGAUAUUGCCGGCCAGCCCAAAGCCAUGCAGAAGGGAAACCGACCUGUCAAGGCUUUGCGCAGUCGUUUGAAGGGUAAGGAGGGCCGUCUGCGUCAGAACUUGAUGGGUAAGCGAGUGGAUUUUUCUGCUCGAACGGUCAUUACAGGUGACCCCAACUUGCUUUUGCAUGAAGUUGGAGUUCCCUAUUCGACCGCGAGGAUCUUGACUUACCCUGAGGUUGUGACACCUUACAAUAUUGAAAAGUUGCAAGCUCUGGUGUCCAAUGGUCCCAACAUUCACCCUGGUGCGCGGUACAUUGUCCGUGACAAUGGCGAGCGAAUUGAUCUUCGUCAUGCCAAGCGCGCAGGGGCUCAACAGCUACUCUAUGGCUGGAAGGUUGAACGCCAUCUGGACGAUGGCGACGUCAUCCUCUUUAACCGUCAACCAUCCCUUCAUAAGGAGUCUAUGAUGGGUCACCGCGUCCGCGUGAUGCCUUUCUCCACAUUCCGUAUGAACUUGUCUGUCACUUCGCCCUACAACGCCGAUUUCGAUGGAGACGAAAUGAACUUGCACGUCCCGCAAAGCGAGGAAUCUCGAGCGGAGCUGAUGGAACUUGCUCUUGUUCCUAAGAACAUUGUGUCGCCCCAGCGAAACGGUCCUCUGAUGGGUAUCGUCCAGGAUAGUCUUUGCGGUAUCUACAAAAUUACUCGCCGUGACGUUUUCCUUACCCAGGACCAGGUAAUGAACAUCAUGAUGUGGGUGCCGGAUUGGGAUGGUGUCAUUCCGCCCCCUGCUAUCCUCAAGCCUCGUCCUCGUUGGACCGGCAAGCAGAUGAUCAGCAUGGCUUUCCCUAGUGGUCUCAACUUCCUUCGUACGGCGCCCCCCCCGAGCGAGAAGUUCUCUCCUCUCAACGAUGGCGGCUGUCUGAUUCACGGAGGAGAGCUGCUCUACGGCAUGCUUCUCAAGAAGAUUGUUGGGGCCACUGGUGGUGGUGUCAUUCACGUCAUUUUCAACGAAUAUGGCCCUGAUCAGACGGUGAACUUCUUCACAGCGGCCCAGCGUAUUACCAACUACUGGCUGCUUCACAAUGGAUUCAGUAUUGGUAUUGGUGACACCAUCCCUGACAAGGCAACUAUUGAGAAGAUCGAGGAAGCUGUUCGUGAGCGAAAGAAGGAAGUCGAGGAGAUCACUGCUAGCGCUACGGACAACACCCUGGAGGCUUUGCCUGGUAUGAACGUGCGUGAGACCUUCGAGAGCAAGGUCUCACGUGCUUUGAACAACGCCCGUGACGAGGCUGGUGAUGCCACCGAGAAGAGUCUCAAGGAUCUCAACAACGCCAUCCAAAUGGCUCGUUCCGGUUCCAAGGGUUCGACUAUCAAUAUUUCUCAGAUGACAGCCGUCGUCGGCCAGCAGUCAGUUGAAGGAAAACGUAUUCCUUUUGGUUUCAAAUAUCGCACUCUGCCCCAUUUCACCAAGGAUGACUACUCACCAGAAUCCCGUGGAUUCGUCGAGAAUUCGUACCUGCGUGGUCUGACACCCACCGAGUUCUUCUUCCACGCCAUGGCUGGUCGUGAAGGUUUGAUUGAUACAGCCGUCAAGACUGCUGAGACUGGCUACAUCCAGCGGAAGCUUGUCAAGGCUUUGGAAGAAGUCAUGGUCAAGUACGAUGGAACUGUGCGUAACUCGUUGAAUGACGUUAUCCAAUUCAUCUACGGAGAAGACGGUCUAGAUGGACAACACAUUGAGAACCAGCGGGUUGACAUUCUCCGGUGUUCCGAUGACAAAUUCCGUGAACGCUUCCGCGUUGACGUUAUGGACCCUGAGCUCACCCUAGGUCCUGACGUCCUGGAGCGGGCUAAUGAGAUCGCGGGUGAUAUCGAAGUGCAGAAGCACUUUGACCAAGAAUGGGAAGAACUUCUCAAAGCUCGUGCCAUUGUUCGGGAGGUUGCUCUCACUGAUGAUGAGAUGAUGCAGUUGCCUAUCAACGUUGUUCGCAUUUUGGACGUGGCGCGGAGCACUUUCCGUAUUCGUGAAGGCACCAUUAGUGACCUGGAUCCAUCUGAAGCUAUCCCACAGGUGCAGGCUCUUUUGGAUCGCUUGGUGGUGGUUCGUGGAGACGAUCCGAUCUCUCAGGAGGCUCAAUACAACGCUACCCUGCUGUUCAAGGCCCAGUUGCGCAGUCGUCUUGCCUUCAAGCGACUUGUCACUGAACACUCGCUCAACAAGCUUGCUUUCCAGCAUGUCCUGGGUGCCAUUGAAAUGCGCUUUGCUCGUGCCCAAGCCAAUCCUGGUGAAAUGGUUGGCGUCUUGGCUGCUCAGUCCAUUGGUGAACCUGCCACUCAGAUGACUCUGAACACUUUCCACUUUGCCGGUGUGUCGUCUAAGAACGUCACUCUGGGUGUGCCCCGUCUCAAGGAAAUUCUGAACGUUGCGACCAAUAUCAAGACACCUUCAUUGACCGUUUAUCAAGAGGGUGCUAAUACCUUCAAUAAGGAGAGUGCCAAGCGUCUGCGUAGUGCAGUCGAGCAUACCAGCCUGCGGUCCGUAACUGAGGCCACCGAGAUUUACUACGAUCCAGACAUUCAAUCAACUGUCAUCGAAAAUGAUAAGGACAUGGUCGAAUCCUACUUCAUCAUUCCCGAGGAUGUCGGCGAUGAUAUUGCCAAUCAGUCCAAGUGGUUGCUUCGAAUCGUCCUCAGUCGACCCAAGCUUCUCGAUAAGGGAUUGACGGUUCAGGAGGUUGCUGGCAAGAUCAAAGAGGCCUACCCUCGCGAUAUUGCUGUGAUCUUCAGUGAUAACAACGCCGAUGAGCAGGUUAUUCGAAUCCGUCAAAUUCAAGACACCAAGGAUGAUGAUGAUGACGAUGUUGAAUACGAUGUCACCUUGAAGAAGCUUGAGCAACAUCUUCUUGAUACCCUCACCCUCCGUGGUGUGCCUGGCGUUGAACGUGCUUUCAUCAAUGAAGUUAGCAAGAUGCGUGUUCUCGAGGAUGGUACCUUACACACAAGCAAAUCGGAUCCUCUCUGCAAAGAAUGGGUCCUGGAGACGAGUGGAUCCGCCCUGGCUCCGGUUCUUGCGAUCCCUGGUGUCGAUGCGACUCGUACGUAUUCCAACCAGUUCAUCGAGAUUUUCGAAGUUUUCGGUAUCGAGGGUGCGCGCACUGCUUUGCUUCGUGAGUUGACCAAGGUGCUGGCUUUCGACGGUUCUUAUGUCAACCACCGUCACUUGGCCCUUCUCAUUGAUGUCAUGACCGUUCGUGGUCAUUUGACCCCUGUGACUCGCCACGGUAUCAACCGCGCUGACAACGGUGCACUGAUGCGAUGCUCGUUCGAAGAGACCGUGGAAAUCCUUCUGGAGGCUGCUGCCUUCGGAGAGCUUGAUGAUUGCCGUGGUGUUUCAGAAAAUUUGAUCCUUGGACAGAUGGCCCCUGCUGGAACAGGAGAGUUCGAUGUCUACCUGGAUCAGAAUGUGCUCAACACCGUUGUGUCGAACAAUGCUCGCUUCGGACUCAUGGAAGGCGCUAAGGACCCUCUCAUCCCCGAUGGUGCUGCUACACAGUAUGACACCGGCUCGCCCAUGCAGAGCACCACAGGGUUUAUCGAUGGCGAUGCCGAUGCCACCUUCUCGCCUAUCCAUCAGGCCGGCGCAGCGUCUCCUGGUGGUUUCACCAAGUACCAGCCCGCGGAUGGCUAUGGUGGCUUCAGCCCUGGAGCUCGUAGUCCCGGUGGAUAUUCACCUAGCAGUCCUUUCAACACUAGUCCGGCGUCUCCGGCUUAUUCUCCGUCAUCGAGCUAUUCACCUACCUCUCCUGGUCUAAGCAUGACUAGCCCCCGUUUCCAGGCUACAUCCCCUGGAUUCUCACCCACGAGUCCGACAUAUCACCCAUCGUCUCCUGCAUACUCGCCGACGUCACCAUACGGUGCGUCUCCGACAUCGCCUUCGUACUCACCGACGUCGCCUGGCUUCUCGCCCACUUCGCCAAACUACAGCCCGACGUCACCCAGCUUCAGCCCGGCCUCGCCAGCCUUUAGCCCAACCUCGCCAAGCUAUAGCCCAACCAGCCCGGCUCUUGGAGGUGGUCGUAAUAUGUCUCCUACCUCCCCCACGUCUCCCAAGUACACUCCUACCUCGCCUGGGUGGUCUCCUACGAGCCCCCAGUCGUACUCACCAACUUCGCCGAACUUUGGUGGCUCUCCGACGUCUCCUACUUCGCCUGGCUACAGCCCUACCUCACCGGCCUACAGCCCAACGUAA